CUUUUACUUCAUCAUAAAUGAAUACAAUUCCUUCUCUAUCAUUUUACAUGAAUUUUUCAUACAUUUCGAAUCGAGGGAUGAAGAUACAGGCAAACAAGGCAYUGCUUACCCGAGUGACAUGACGUACAGGGGAAUUUGUAGUUCAGAUGCCUCAGAGUUUGACCUGGCUAUGCUAUUAUUACACUUAAGUUUGAAAUCAUAGUUAAUCGGYGAGACUUGUACGAGGGAAGUGUCCACUUUUCGGAUCCGGUUUUUACUUUGGGGCUUCACUGAACAAUAGGAGAAAUAGGUGCAGACUUUCAGUCUGCUUUCAUACCCGAUUGCUCACGGCGGAAUUGAAGCUCAGAACCGCAUUCCAGAUACAUUACGGUUGYAAAUUGAUUGCAAUGGAAUUCGUUUCCGAUCUCCAGAAAUCUUAACUCUUUUCAUUCCGUCUUGGAAAUGUUCUUUUUCAUUUCAUUUUAUUUCCGCACUGCUUUUUGAGCUUUCUGAUGGGCUUCAUAAUAUCUUUUCAGUCAUCAGUACAUGUAUAUAAGGUCAUUAUGUUUGCUAUCCAUUGCAAUUUGACAUUAAAAGCUGGUCAACCGACCCACUGGCCGAAUKAUUUUCUUCRAAACWGAUGAYAAASAGUAUUGCAUUAGAAUUACCGGGGAAAAGGCUGYGGCGGUGUGGGAAAUGGACUUUUCCUUUUGCGCUUGCAAUUUUUAAAAUUGAAAUCGAAAUAGCUUUUUGAACCUGAAUUUAAAUACGGAACUGUUUUUAGAGGCAGACAGAACAGAGAUAAAGAAAAUAGAUUAUAACAAGCGCAAGGUCGGUACGUAGAAACAUCGGAUCCAUGUCUCAACUGUAAGAGAAAAAAAAACCUUUAGGCGGAGCGUGAAUAGUUCCGGGCGUACAGUUCUUAAAGACGAAGAACUGCAGAGUUUAAUAAUUGUUCAUUGCAUGUGUUUUUUCAACUAUUUUGAAAAUAGUUGCCAGACUUUUAAAAAAAUAUUUCCCUUUUGCCUACGGGUCGCCCACGGAUUCUAUGGCUCAACUGGUAAACAGCCAAUCGGAGCGACUUUACCGUAGUGCAAUAACCAUCAAGCAUUCAUCAAAAGCACAAAGUGACCUAUUACUUGAGUUUGUUAGUUCUUGAAAUGACACAAGUAAAGUCUAAUUCCAUUUUCAACAUUUUGGCAGCCUGGGUGUAAACGUGAUAUGCACGCAUAUUAUUGUGACGCUAGCCAAUUACAUCAGUACUCUAUGCCUCCAGCGAAGUGGUAUAAUUACAACACUUAUCUAAAUAGUUCUUCCACCUGGCAAGUAUUUUUCUUUUUUCGUGACUCCCCGUGCUAUUAUUCACUAAUACGAAUKCACAACAGAGUGAUCCAAUAUCAGCUGAAUUAAAACAACAAUGGGAGCAAUCUAAGGCUAAGGGCUGUUCUACAUUCUGAGAAAGAGGAUUGAGCCUGUUUAACUACGUUUCCCGAGUUAAGAAACCCUGUCUUCCUUUCAAGUUAGCGUGAUCAAAUCAAAAGAUUGGAAAUCGAACRAGGCUCUCACGAUGACUUCAACGGCGGUCACCCCUACUAGUGCAGGAAAUGGAAGCACUCCCUGUUAUAAGCCGCCAGAAUAUAACAUCCCAAGAGUUGUAGAUCUUUACAUCAAUGUGGCAGUAGGCAUCAUCCUGAUCGUUUCUAUAAUUGGAAACAUCCUAGUUGUGCGUGGAAUAUGCAAAAUACCAACCAGACCUGUCAGUUAUCUCUUGAUAGGAAACAUUGCUGUAGCAGAACUCAUCGAAGCGUCGAACUAUUUUUUUGGUCUGCAUUUUUCAACUAGACCAUGGGAUUGGAUAUUCGGUGAGACGAUAUGCCGUCUAACUUUUUCUACAGGCGUGUGCUGCAUUACAGUCAUUUCGUUUACUUUAGCAGCCCUUUCCGUCCAUCGAUGUUGCAUCUUGACRAGACCUCGUAUUCACGUGACCAAAGCAAGGUUUAACGUCUAUGUUGUGGUAGUGUUCUCAUGGCUGUGGGGGGUCUCCAUAGCCACACCCUACACAGUUGUUGGUUGGGUUGUAAAAUACCCACUAUGCAAAGGUGGAGUAWCUCGUUCGUGCAYUUUUGAMACCCCGCACGACAAGUCCAUGUCCACAUACAUCGGUUCGAUUCCAUUCAUCGCGCAUUAUUUGGGCCCUUUGCUGGUGAUUGUGAUCUCGUAUGGUGUGGUCGUGUUUGUACUCAAGAAACACAUCCAAAGAACAAGAAACGAAGAACUCGAGAUGACAGAGAACGUCACCGAACUGACAACCGAAACCAAUGGCCAUGACGAUCCAYCCUCUGCAGAAACCGACCGACGCCAUAGCUGUAAAAUCGUCCAGAUGGAGCUGAGGCUGUUGAGAAUAAUCUUMGCGAYAAUUCUUAUCUAUCUGAUAUGUUAUAGCCCGGAAAACUUCGUGUACCUGGCCAUGUGGUUCAAKUGGUUCCACAUCGAUGAWGACAAGAAAAUGUCGUUUCGAAAACAUACSAACCUUCUUCAUGCGCUCUCCAUGGCUCUGCAUCCAAUUUGCUACGGUUGGAUGUCAGGAAUAAUUCAGAGAAACUUCUUUAAAUGCGCAGAAAAAAAUCAGAAACCAAYUUUAAUUCAUAAUGUUCUAAAGUAAGACGUGAAAGAGCAUUGGUCAAUUUAGCUUCUUCUCUCGUAGCCGKUAUUUGCGCUCGUUCCCAGGUCUUUAACAGCUCCUCAUUGGAGACUAUGGCCAAAUUUCGAUGAAAAUCAUAGUGACAAUAUAUMCUCGUCUUUAAAAUACAUUUAAAAAAAAUCCGGUGUUACCCAGGUCUCUACCUUAAAAACAUCUAGGCUAAACAUUUUUAUAGAAAACCUAAUUCUAAUUUUAUGGAA